AUGAAUCCACCGUGAGACUGUUCUAUCUAAACCAAAGAGACCAGAAAAUACCAGUCUUUUUGGAUUUAUUUAACCGGUAAAGGUCUUUCUUUUUAGAGGUUGAACUGGCUGGCUGAGAAGUGCACCUUCUACCUACUCCUCUUCCAUCAGAUCUAUCCUCAAUUUCUCUUUCCCUUCUCUUUCCGCAGGUUUAAGACAGGCCAGAUCAACGGAGACCUAAUCUACCAUGUGCUGCUGACCCUGAAGCCUUACUACUCCAAGCCCUAUGAGAUCGUAGUGGACCUGACCCACGUGGGGCCCAGCAACCGCUUCAAGACAGACUUCUUGUCCAAGUGGUUUGUGGUGUUCCCGGGCUUCGCCUACGAGAACGUGACAGCGGUCUACGUGUACAACUGCAACACAUGGGUGAGGGAGUACACCAAAUACCACGAGAGGCUGCUGACAGGCCUGAAGGGCAACAAGCGGGUGCAGUUCAUCGACUCGCCGGCGCGGUUGGCGGAGCACGUAGAGGCAGAGCAGCAGAAGCUCCCGGCGGCCACGCUAGCCCUGGAAGAGGACCUCAAGGUGUUCCACAACGCCCUCAAACUGGCCCACAAGGACACCAAGGUCUCCAUCAAGGUCAGUAGCGCACUGGUCCGUGUGUAACCCUAGCAUUAACCCUAACUUUCAAACUGGCCUACAAGGACAACAGGGUAUGGGGAACAGGGAAGUGUGAAGGGCAGGCGGGAACAAGUAGAAUUGUUUACUCAAAGGUCCCAUGCAGCUGUUUUUUGGGUAACAAUUAAGUAACAAUUAAGUACCUUACUGUGAUUGUUUUAAAUUAAAAUUGUCAAAAAAAUAAUAAUGCUUUUUGAUAGGACUGUCUGGGAGUGGUCUAAAUGGGGAGGGGAAAACUGAAAAUUAGCUGUUAUUGGCAGAGGGGUUUGGAACUCUUUCUUAUUGGUCUAUUAACCUCUACGGGAUCGGUGUCCCGUAUACGUGACGGUUGAGCUAACGUGCGCUAAAGUGAUUAGCAUGACUGUUGUAAGUAACAGCAAACUUUCCAGGACAUAGACAUGUCUUAUAUGGGCAGAAAGCUUAAAUUCUUGUUAAUCUAACUACACUGUCCAAUUUACAGUAGCUAUUACAGUGAAAAAAUACCAUGCUAUUGUUUGAGUGCACAACAACAAAAAACGCAUCACGGCAACUGGUUUGAUACAUUCACCUCUGAAGGUAAAUAAUGUACUUACAUUCAGUAAUCUUGCUCUGAUUUGUCAUCCUAAGGGUCCCAGAGAUAAAAUGUAGCAUAGUUUUGUUUGCUAAAAUCCAUUUUUAUAUUCAAAUGUAGGAACUGGGUUCUACAGUUUGAACCACGGCUGUCUCUGGCUCCACCCCCACCCGCCCGGCCAUCUAGAUGUGUGAAAGUUAGUGUAUAAGCUAAUGAUCCAUCAUGUAUGACAUUCCUGGUAGUGUGUAAACUUAAAUUUUGUAUUACCGUAUAAUUUUUGUAUGUUCUCUAUAGAGCCAACUAGGUGAAAAAUCUGUCUAUGUGCCCUUGAGCAAGGCACUUAACCCUAAUUGCUCCUGUAAGUCGCUCUGGAUAAGAGCGUCUGCUAAAUGACUAAUAUGUAAAUGUGAAUGUUAUGUACUUGAAAAUGUAUCAAUUGACCAAUUUGGCACAUUUGGGCAGACUUGAUACAAAAUAGUCCAGUAUUGCAAUGCUUCACUGGAUCAAUCUGAAACUUUGCGCACACACUGCUUCGAUCUAGUGGCCAAAAUCUAAAUUGCGCCUAAACUGCAAUAUUAUAUUGUGGCCUUUCUCUUGCAUUUCAAAGAUUUUUUUUUUUUUUAUGAGUUUUUUUUGUUUGUAUUAUCUUUUACCAGAUCUAAUGCGUUAUAUUCUCCUACAUUCAUUUCACAUUUCCACAAACUUCAAAGUCUUUCCUUUCAAAUGGUAUCAAGAAUAUGCAUAUCCUUGCUUCAGGUCCUGAGCUACAGGCAGUUAGAUUUGGAAAUUUCAUUUUAGGCGAAAAUUGAAAAAAAGGGUCUGAUCCUUAAGAGGUUAACUAAUUUACAGCAUGGUGAUGUCACCAUGGAAAAUCACAACUCCAUCGCACCAAAACAGGCUGAAAUUUCAGGUAGUCUUUUCAAACAGCUCUUACACUAACAGGGCUUCAUCAUCAUUUUCACAAUUUUACAGUGUUAUUCCAACCUCAUAGUGUAGAAAUAUAUAUAAACUCAGCAAAAAAAAGAAACGUCCCUUUUUCAGGACCCUGUCUUUCAAAGAUAAUUCGUAAAAAUCAAAAUAACUUCACAGAUCUUCUUUGUAAAGGGUUUAAACACUGUUUCCCAUGCUUGUUCAAUGAACCAUAAACAAUGAAUGAACAUGCACCUGAGUAAUGGUCGUUAAGACACUAACAGCUUACAGACGGUAGGUAAUUAAGGUCACAGUUAUGAAAACUUAGGACACUAAAGUUGUCUGCCGAAAACCAAACACUGCAUUCCACAGUAAGAACAUCAUACCAAAGGUCAAGCGUGGUGAUGGUGUGGUGGUUUGGGGAUGCUUUGCUGCCUCAGGACCUGGACGACUUGCCUUAAUAGAAGGAACCAUGAAUUCUGCUCUGUAUCUGAGAAUUCUACAGGAGAAUGUCAGACCAUCCGUCUGUGAGCUGAAGCUGAAGCGCAGCUGGGUCAUGCAGCAAGACAAUGAUCCAAAACACACAAUCAAGUCUACAUGAAAAUUGCUAAAAAGCAACAAAUUGGACGUUUUGGAAUGGCCUAGUCAAGGUCCAGACCUAAUCCCAAUUGAGAUGUUGUGGCAGGACUUGAAACGAGCAGUUCAUGCUUGAAAACCCACACGUCACUGAGUUAAAGCAGUUCUGCAUGGAAGAGUGGGCCAAAAUUCCUCCACAGCGACGUGAGAGACUGAUCAACAACUAUAGGAAGCAUUUGGUUGGAGUCAUUGCAGCUAAAGGUGGCACAACCAGUUAUUGAGUAUAAGGGGGCAAUUACUUUUUCACACAGGGGAAUUGGGUGUUGCAUAACUUUGUUUAUGAAAUAAAUGAAAUAGAUAUGUAAUUGUUGUGUUAUGUGUUCACUUAUGUUCCCUUUAUCUAAUAUUAGGUUUUGGUUGGAGAUCUGAUAACAUUCAGUAUCACAAAUAUGCAAAAGUAGAGAAAAUUAGAAAGGGGGCAAAUACUUUUUCACAGCACUGUAUAUAUAUAUAUAUAUAUAUAUAUAUAUACACACACAGUGGGGAGAACAAGUAUUUGAUACACUGCCGAUUUUGCAGGUUUUCCUACUUACAAAGCAUGUAGAGGUCUGUCAUUUUUAUCAUAGGUACACUUCAACUGUGUGAGACGGAAUCUAAAACAAAAAUCCAGAAAUUCACAUUGUAUGAUUUUUAAGUAAUUAAUUUGCAUUUUAUUGCAUGACAUAAGUAUUUGAUCACCUACCAACCAGUAAGAAUUCCGGCUCUCACAGACCUGUUAGUUUUUCUUUAAGAAGCCCUCCUGUUCUCCACUCAUUACCUGUAUUAACUGCACCUGUUUGAACUCGUUACCUGUAUAAAAGACACCUGUCCACACACUCAAUCAAACAGACUCCAACCUCUCCACAAUGGCCAAGACCAGAGAGCUGUGUAAGGACAUCAGGGAUACAAUUGUAGACCUGCACAAGGCUGGGAUGGGCUACAGGACAAUAGGAAAGCAGCUUGGUGAGAAGGCAACAACUGUUGGCGCAAUUAUUAGAAAAUGGAAGAAGUUCAAGAUGACGGUCAAUCACCCUCGGUCUGGGGCUCCAUGCAAGAUCUCACCUCGUGGGGCAUCAAUGAUCAUGAGGAAGGUGAGGGAUCAGCCCAUAACUACACGGCAGGACCUGGUCAAUGACCUGAAGAGAGCUGGGACCACAGUCUCAAAGAAAACCAUUAGUAACACACUACGCCGUCAUGGAUUAAAAUCCUGCAGCGCACGCAAGGUCCCCCUGCUCAAGCCAGCGCAUGUCCAGGCCCGUCUGAAGUUUGCCAAUGACCAUCUGGAUGAUCCAGAGGAGGAAUGGGAGAAGGUCAUGUGGUCUGAUGAGACAAAAAUAUAGCUUUUUGGUCUAAACUCCACUUGCCGUGUUUGGAGGAAGAAGAAGGAUGAGUACAACGCCAAGAACACCAUCCUAACCGUGAAGCAUGGAGGUGGAAACAUCAUUCUUUGGGGAUGCUUUUCUGCAAAGGGGACAGGACGACUGCACCGUAUUGAGGGGAGGAUGGAUGGGGCCAUGUAUCGCGAGAUCUUGGCCAACAACCUCCUUCCCUCAGUAAGAGCAUUGAAGAUGGGUCGUGGCUGGGUCUUCCAGCAUGACAAAGACCCGAAACACACAGCCAGGGCAACUAAGGAGUGGCUCCGUAAGAAGCAUCUCAAGGUCCUGGAGUGGCCUAGCCAGUCUCCAGACCUGAACCCAAUAGAAAAUCUUUGGAGGGAGCUGAAAGUCCGUAUUGCCCAGCGACAGAAGGAUCUGGAGAAGGUCUGUAUGGAGGAGUGGGCCAAAAUCCCUGCUGCAGUGUGUGCAAACCUGAUCAAGACCUACAGGAAACUUAUGAUCUCUGUAAUUGCAAACAAAGGUUUCUGUACCAAAUAUUAAGAUCUGCUUUGCUGAUGUAUCAAAUACUUAUGUCAUGCAAUAAAAUGCAAAUUAAUUACUUAAAAAUCAUACAAUGUGAUUUUCUGGAUUUUGGUUUUAGAUUCCGUCUCUCACAGUUGAAGUGUACCUAUGAUAAAAAUUACAGACCUCUACAUGCUUUGUAAGUAGGAAAACCUGCAAAAUAGGUAGUGUAUCAAAUACUUGUUCUCCCCACUGUAUAUAUAUAUAAAACACAGGAAAAUCACAUUUUUGACUUCUUUGGGCCUCAAUCAAUUUGAAUAGAUUAGUUUGUUGCCAAAGGGAAAGUAGAAGGUUCAAUUGAUUGGCUAUUGAGUCCUGCUUUAUGUAGCAGCAUGCGACAGCUGGUCUGUGUUGUCAUGUACACACUUGUCGCUCAACAACAACCCUCCCUAUUAUCCCAGGUGGGCACCACGGCCGUCCAGGUGACGUCAGCAGAGCGUACCCGUGUCCUGGGUCAGUCGGUGUUCCUCAACGAUGUGUACUAUGCCUCUGAGAUCGAGGAGAUCUGCCUGGUGGACGAGAGCCAGUUCACCCUGACCAUGGCCAACCAGGGCACGCCCCUCACCUUCAUACACCAGGAGUGUGACGCCAUCGUCCAGUCCAUCAUCCACAUCAGGACUCGCUGGGAGCUGUCGCAGCCAGACUCCAUCCCCCAGCACACCAAGAUCAGGCCCAAAGACGUGCCGGGCACCCUGCUGAACCUCGCCCUGCUCAACCUGGGCAGCUCAGACCCUAGCCUCAGGUCAGACAUUCAACAUAGCUAAACUCUCUAGCUUCUUGGUGGAUUCUGGGAAAUGUAGUCCCAUGGAUAUCUCGGGGGGGUCAAUCAGAGCAGGUCUUGGUUGUAGCGUGUUCUUUGAAAUAUGAGCAGUAGCUAAAUACAACCAACUUCCUGAUUUGAAAUGGAAUAUAGUAGCUCAAUCAAUCAAUAAAAUGUAUUCAUAAAGCCCUUUUUACAUCAGCAGAUGUCACAAAGUGCUAUACAGAAACCCAGCCUAAAACCCCAAACAGCAAGCAAUGCAGAUGUAGAAGCACGGCGACUAGGAAAAACUCCCUAGAAAGAAAGAACCCUAGAGAGGAACCAGGCUCUGAGGGGUGGCCAGUCCUCUUCUGGCUGUGCCGAGUAGAGAUUAUAACAGUACAUGGCCAUUAAGGCCAGAUUUUUCUCCAAGAUGUUGUGAGUAUGUGUGAGGAGAUGGUGUUAUCUAACCUCUGCUGUGUGCCUUAGCUAACUGUGUCCCCUCCACAGGUCUGCAGCCUACAACCUGCUGUGUGCCUUAACCUGCACCUUCAACCUGAAGAUCGAGGGCCAGCUGCUGGAGACCUCAGGCCUGUGUAUCCCUGUCAACAAUACCCUCUUCAUAGUCUCCAUCAGCAAGACGCUGGCCGCCAACGAACCACACCUCACCCUGGAGUUCCUGGAGGAGUGCAUCUCCGGCUUCAGCAAGUCUAGUGAGUCUAGAACACGAACGCACACAAACACAUAUACUCACAAAUGCAUUGACUGAAAUUCAUUCCAAAAGAUGCCCUCUCACUCUCUUUUCUCAGUCACACCCACCCGACCAUGUUCUCUUUUACAGACCCACACUGACACUCUUACUUUCUCUCAGUAGACAUGCACUCAUACACACAGACAGGUGUAACGAUCCACAUCAACAUGUCCUGACCAGUUGAUGCGAAAGCCAUUCGUUUUGGGGGGACUGUUUGAUUGCCUUAUCCAUCAGUGUGCAUUGAGCCAUGGCUCUGGAGCCCUCGGCUCUCAGUGCGGGUGUCAUGUCAUUCAUCCACACGCCAACCUCUGCUCCUCCACACUGCAGCAACAACAGAGGAGCUGGUGUUAUCUAACCUGUGAUUCUGUGUGUUUAGGUAUUGAGCUGAAGCACCUGUGUCUGGAGUACAUGACCCCCUGGCUGCUCAACCUGGUGAGGUUCUGUAAGCACAAUGACGAUGCCAAGCGCCAGCGCGUCAGCACCAUCUUGGAUAAGCUCAUCACCAUGACCAUCAGCGAGAAACAAAUGUACCCCUCUAUACAGGCCAAGAUCUGGGGCAGCCUCGGCCAGGUGAGAGUCACCGCACACACACACACUCGCUCUCACACACUCACGUAAGCAUACACACCAGUUGUUUGACCAGUUGUUACAUUUUAGUGAAACACUCUUAUCUUAGAGGGCACAUGUUUGCUUAAUGUACUGUUAAAUGUCUCCAAGCUCAAUAGAAACUGCCCAUGUUGGCAUUCUCAGAGAGUUAGGCUUACAGAGAUGGGAGGCAGCCAGGUAGAAGAUAGGAGGGACAUUUAGCAUUUUUAUAGGCACAAGGAAUGGUUUAUGAAUCCAACAUGCCGAAUCAUAGCCAGUGUUUUUCAAUAUAAAACAUUUUAUAGGCACAAAGAAUGGUUUAUGAAUCCAACAUGCCGAAUCAUAGCCAGUGUUUUUCAAUAUUUAAAAAAUGUAUAGGCACAAGGAAUGGUUUAUGAAUCCAACAUGCCGAAUCAUAGCCAGUGUUUUUCAAUAUAAACAUUUUUAUAGGCACAAGGAAUGGUUUAUGAAUCCAACAUGCCGAAUCAUAGCCAGUGUUUUUCAAUAUAAACAUUUUUAUAGGCACAAGGAAUGGUUUAUGAAUCCAACAUGCCGAAUCAUAGCCAGUGUUUUUCAAUAUAAACAUUUGUUAUAGGCACAAGGAAUGGUUUAUGAAUCCAACAUGCCGAAUCAUAGCCAGUGUUUUUCAAUAUAAACAUUUGUUAUAGGCACAAGGAAUGGUUUAUGAAUCCAACAUGCCGAAUCAUAGCCAAUGUUUUUCAAUAUAAACAUUUUUAUUGAGUUGUUUUAUUUUAUUGAGGGUAUCGAAAUGACAGAACUCUGGGGUUUGAAGUGUUCUUCCUAAAUAUCGUUAUCUACAUUGUAAAAGUUCAAUGGCUUGUCUCAGAUGACUGCAAUAUAGACAUCUGAAUAUAGCUCUCUCCAUAGAUAAUAAACAACUCAUUCUAAACUCAUGGUAGAGUUUCCUUCAUAUUUUUCAUACCCAACCCAUUCCUUUUAUAUCCAUUCGGGGUGGUGAACAAGUGCACACUUUGGGGAGAAUGGCAGUUCCUUGUGUCUGACUUUGUGACCUGUCAAUUCUACAUAAUGUAUUUAUUUCUGAACAGUCCCUAAUGUUUAGCCCCACUGAAUGCAACCCAGAUUGUAUGUGACCUGGUGACCUUGUAACCUGACCUGUGACCUCUGCCCUCAGAUAACGGACCUGCUGGACGUGGUGUUGGACAGCUUCAUCAAGACCAGCGCUACAGGAGGCCUGGGCUCCAUCAAGGCUGAGGUCAUGGCUGACACAGCUGUGGCUCUGGCCUCAGGGAACGUCAAACUGGUCUCCAGCAAGGUGGGUAUCUACACUUUGAGCUAGUUUACCAGGCUAACACAGGCUAAGACAUGCUAACUGGGCCAACGGUUUUCAAUGGCAAAAUGGCUAACAGUUUCCUGUCAGUCUCAUGUUAACACUGACAGGGUAACAUGGCUAGGCUAGCAUUCCUGCACUGGGAACAUUCCUCCGUGUCACUGUCUCAUGCUAACACAGCUAAUACUCCUCCAUGUCAAGCCCUGUGUCCCAACAUGGAUGACGUCACUGUCCUUGUCCUCAAUGAACCCUCUGGUCGGAGACCGUUUUCCUCUCAGAAACUCCAUGAAAUCACUAUCUCAAAGUAUACUUUAGUAAAACUCUGUUAGAAUCUUAAUCACGGCCUAACAGUCCCAAGAUGGAUUUUCUAAAUCAUCAUUUUGGAUUAAGCAAAUAAAUAUUCCGGUGUUAUCAAUAUUAUGAUGCAGACAGUUUUUGUAUGAUACGAAGAUAGACUCAUCGAAACACUUUGUCCCAGACAACAUAUAUUAAGUGCUGUUUUUAAUCUAAAAUGUCCUCCAAACAAAGAACAUUUAACACUUACCAAUUUAGUUUAGUUACGACUUCUCUCCACUUACAUAAUCCAAACUGACCGACUCAUCAACUCAAUGUCCAUCAUCUGUGAGCUGUUUAUCCCAAUUGUCCCUCUUACUGAGAUAGAAACACAGACAGACACAAACCCUCACAGCCCAGGCAGACAAUAGUAAGCCAGGCCCUCGCUCCUAUUGUGGCAGACACUGUAAAGCAUGGCAGUGAAUGGUCGUCAUUGUGAAGAUGUUUUGCUAAGGAACAGCAAACACAGUGCUCUUUUAGUUGAAGUGUCGUAGCAGCCAUCUUAGUCAUUUACAUCUAUUUAAGUGAGUAAUCAAUGACUUUAAGCUUCACAUUUGAUUUGUAAUUUGCAGGGUUUGUGUGUUCUGAUAUAGUCAUCUUAAUGUACACAUCCAUAAGAGGGUGGGCAUUGUUUGGUUGGCAUGUGCCAGCCCAGCCACUACUGAUGUCAUGACAGGCCAGCUAUUGGGGACAAAGGGGACUUUGUCUGGUCCCCUUGGCCUAUUUGUCACCCAAGGCUUGAGCCAAUUAUGUUUUAUUUACAGAUAUAAUCACUGCCAUCUUCUCUCUGCCUCCUAUUACGCCAACAUCCAAAAAUACAUCUGAAGUUUUUUUUAGGGAGACUGCUCGCUUUUAACAUAAAAUACCGGGCCUCCUGAGUGGCACAGUGGUCUAAGGCACUGCAUCACAGUGCUUGAGGUGUCACUACAGACCCAGGUUCGAUCCCAGGCUGUGUCACAACCGGCUGUGACUGGGAGUCCCAUAGGGCGGGGCAGCGUUGUCCUGGUUAGGGGAGGGUUUGGCCGGGGGGGCUUUACUUGACUCAUCACGCUCUAGCGACUCCCACGGUUUGGCGGGUCAUGUUUCGGAGUACGCAUGAAACUCUAGACCACCUCUCCCGAGCCCAUUGGGGAGUUGCAGCGAUGAGACAAGAUUGUAAUUGGAUCGCAAUUGGAUAUCACGAAAUUGGGGAGAAAAAGGGGGUAAAAUACAAAAAGAAAUGUUAAAUAAAUAAAUAAAAUACCAAAAAAGAUACUGCUCUUGGCAGAUAUUAAUUCUGUUGAUGUUAACUCCAUCAGUAAGCUCAAAGUAUAUGAUGUCAUAUCACUGACUCUACCUUUUUAAUACCUCAUAAUGAUUGGUUAUCUCCACACACCCUCUGACCAGGUGAUUGGCCGGAUGUGUAAGAUCAUCGACAAGACGUGCCUGUCUCCCACGCCCACCCUGGAGCAGCACCUGAUGUGGGAUGACAUCGCCAUCCUGGCCCGCUACAUGCUCAUGCUGUCCUUCAACAACUCUCUGGACGUAGCGGCUCACCUGCCCUACCUGUUCCACGUGGUCACUCUGCUGGUGGCCACCGGCCCCCUGUCCCUACGGGCCUCCACACACGGCCUGGUCAUCAACAUAAUCCACUCUCUCUGCACCUGCUCCCAGCUCAACUUCAGUGGUGAGGAAGCACACCGUAUCUUCCCUGCAGACUAUAUACCAUCUGUAGUUAAACGGCAUACCCUUCCCUGGUCAUUAAUGUGUAUGGAUGCCACUGGGCUCCCGUGCAAGUAAGAUAUAAUUGAGAGAUCUAAUGUAAACACAGCAUGCAGUGAACUAUGAAACUGCUUCAAUAGAGGUAGAUUUCUGUGUUAUUUCUGUUCAUUUAGACCUAUUUGCUAUAGAUAUCAGCGUUCAGGGUUUCUCUUUCAGAAGAGCAACAAGCCAUCUUCUCCUUUUGUCAUGAUCUCUUCCAGAGGAGACCAAGCAGGUCCUGAGGCUGAGCCUGACAGAGUUCUCCCUGCCUAAGUUCUACCUGCUGUUUGGCAUCAGUAAGGUCAAGUCUGCUGCGGUCAUCGCCUUCCGCUCCAGCUACCGCGACCGCUCCUUCUCCCCCGGCUCCUACGAGAGGGAGACCUUCGCCCUCUCCUCCCUGGAGACCGUCACUGAAGCCCUGUUGGAGAUCAUGGAGGUGAGGGAGACACACACACAGGCAUGCACAAACACACACACAUUACUUGAUAUAUUGUGCUUGAUGAAUACCGUAUAAUGUCCAGAAUACAUGCAAAUCCCAAUGUCUGACUGAAUGUGUCCUCUCCUGAAAGGCGUGCAUGAGGGACAUCCCAGCGUGCAAAUGGCUGGACCAGUGGAACGAGCUGGCUCAGAAGUAUGUUUUCAGAUAUCCUUUGAGACAGAUUCACUUUGACCACUAUCAAUGAAUAUAUACACACUCUUUUUACGGCCCUCUAACCAAUUGUGCUAUUAUGUGUGUUUUUUCGCGUUAUUUGUAAUUUAUUCUGUACAUAAUGUUUCUGUCACCGUCUCUUAUGACCAAAAAUAGCUUCUGGAUAUCAGGACAGCAAUUACUCACCUCGUAUUGGACGAAGAUUUUUUCUUCAAGGAGUCGGACGUAAAGGAUAUUCUACAGACACCCAACAAGGCCCAAAUCCCCGUCAUUCGCAUGAGAAAGAGUGACGGAGAUAUCGUGGACGUAGGUCGGGGGACCUUGUAAGGAUCCGACGGCGAGCGAGUAAUCUGCCUCUUCCAUCAAUCCUAUAAGCCAACGUACAAUCAUUUGAAAACAAAAUGGACGACCUAAGAUUACGGUUAUCCUACCAACGGGACAUUAAUAACUGUAAUAUCUUAUGUUUCACCGAGUCGUGGCUGAACGACGACAUGGAUAACAAACAGCUGGCGGGAUAUACGCUACAUCGGCAGGAUAGAACGGCUGACUCCGGUAAGACAAGGGGUGCUGGUCUGUGUAUAUUUGUAAACAACAGCUGGUGCAAAAAAUCUAAUACUAAGAAAGUCUCUAGGUUUUGCUCGCCUGAGGUAGAGUAUCUCAUGAUAAGAUGUAGACCACACUAUUUACCAAGAGAGUUUUCUUCUAUAUUUUUCAUAGCUGUCUAUUCACCACCACAAACCAAUGCUGGCACUAAGAUUGCACUCAAUGAGCUGUAUAAGGCCAUAAGCCAACAGGAAAACGCUCAUCCAGAGGCAGCGCUCCUAGUGGCUGGGGACUUUAAUGCAGGGAAACUUAAAUCCGUUCUACCUAAUUUCUACCAGCAUGUUAAAUGUGCAACCAGAGGAAAAUAAACUCUAGACCACCUUUACUCCACACACAGAGACACAUGCAAAGCUCUCCCUCGCCCUCCAUUUGGCAAAUCUGACCAUAAUUAUAUCCUCUUGAUUCCUGCUUAUAAGCAAAAACUAAAGCAGGAAGCACCAGUGACUCGGUCAAUAAGGAAGUGGUCAGAUGAAGCAGAUGAUAAGCUACAUGACUGUUUUGCUAGCACAGACUGGAACAUGUUCCGGGAUUCUUCCAAUGGCAUUUUUUUAUUAAUUUUUUAUUUAACCAGAUAAACCAGUUGAGAACAAGUUCUCAUUUACAACUGCGACCUGACCAAGAUAAAGCAAAGCAGUGCGAUAAAAACAACAACACAGAGUUACAUAUGGGGUAAACAAAACAUAAAGUCAAAAAUACAACAGAAAAUAUAUAUAUACAGUGUGUGCAAAUGUUGCAAGUUAUGGAGGUAAUGCAUUAAAUAGGCCAUAGUGCAAAAUAAUUACAAUUGAGUGUUAACACUGGAAUGAUAGAUGUGCAAGAGAUGAUGUGCAAAUAGAGAUACUGUGGUGCAAAUGAACAAAAUAAAUAACAAUAUGAGGAUGAGGUAGUUGGGUGGGCUAAUUUGAGAUGGGCUGUGUAUAGGUGCAGUGAUCGGUAAGGUACUCUGACAACUGAUGCUUAAAGUUAGUGAGGGAGAUAAGAGUCUCCAGCUUCAGAGAUUUUUGCAGUUCGUUCCAGUCAUUGGCAGCAGAGAACUGGAAGGAAUGGCGGCCAAAGGAGGAGUUGGCUUUGGGGAUGACCAGUGAGAUAUACCUGCUGGAGCGCAUACUACGGGUGGGUGUUGCUAUGUUGACCAAUGAGCCAAGAUAAGGCGGGGAUUUGCCUAGCAGUGAUUUAUGGAUGACCUGGAGCUAGUGGGUUUGGCGACGAAUAUGUAGUGAGGACCAGCCAACAAGAGCGUACAGGUCACAGUGGUGGGUAGUAUAUGGGGCUUUGGUGACAAAACAGAUGGCACUGUGAUAGACUACAUCCAAUUUGCUGAGUAGAGUGUUGGAGGCUAUUUUGUAAAUGACAUCGCCGAAGUCAAGGAUCGGUAGGAUAGUCAGUUUAACGAGGGCAUGUUUGGCAGCAUGAGUGAAGGAGGCUUUGUUGCGAAAUAGGAAGCCGAUUCUAGAUUUAACUUUUGAUUGGAGAUGCUUAAUGUGAGUCUGGAAGGAUAGUUUACAGUCUAACCAGACACCUAGGUAUUUGUAGUUGUCCACAUACUUUAGGUCAGACCCGCCGAGAGUAGUGAUUCUAGUUGAGGAGUACACCACAUCAGUCACUGGCUUCAUCAAAAAGUGCAUUGAUGACGUCGUCCCCACAGUGACCGUACGUACAUACCCCAACCAGAAGCCAUGGAUUACAGGCAACAUCCGCACUGAGCUAUAGGGCAGAGCUGCCGCUUUCAAGGAGCGUGACUCUAACCUGGACGCUUAUAAGAAAUCCCGCUAUGACCUCCGACGAACCAUCAAACAGGCAAAUAGUCAACACAGGAGUAAGAUUGAAUCGUACUACACCGGCUCCGACACUCGUCGGAUGUGGCAGGGCUUGCAAACUAUUACAGACUACAAAGGGAAGCACAGCCACGAGCUGCCCAGUGACACAAGCUGCCCAGUGACACGAGCCUACCAGACGAGCUAAAUGACUUCUAUGCUCGCUUCGAGGCAAGCAACACUGAAGCAUGCAUGAGAGCAUCAGCUGUUCUGGAUGACUAUGUGAUCACGCUCUCCGUAGCCAAUGUGAGUAAGACUUUUAAGCAGGUCAACAUUCACAAGGCUGCAGGGCCAGACGGAUUACCAGGAUGUGUACUUCGAGUGUGCGCUGACCAACUGGCAAGUGUCUUCACUGACAUUUUCAACAUGUCCCUGACUGAGUCUGUAAUAGCAACAUGUUUCAAGCAGACCACCAUAGUCCCUGUGCCCAAAAACACUAAGAUAACCUGCCUAAAUGACUACCGACCCGUAGCACUCACGUCUGUAGCCAUGAAGUGCUUUGAAAGGCUGGUCAUGGCUCACAUCAACACCAUUAUCCCAGAAACCCUAGACCCACUCCAAUUUGCAUACCGCCCCAACAGAUCCACAGAUGAUGCAAUCUCUAUUUCACUCCACACUGCCCUUUCCCACCUGGACAAGAGGAACACCUACAUGAGAAUGCUAUUCAUUGACUACAGCUCAGCGUUCAACACCAUAGUGCCCUCAAAGCUCAUCACUAAGCUAAGGACCCUGGGACUAAACACGUCCCUCUGCAACUGGAUCCUGGACUUCCUGACGGGCCGCCCCCAGGUGGUAUGAGUAGGUAACAACACAUCUGCCACGCUGAUCCUCAACACGGGGGCCCCUCAGGGGUGCGUGCUCAGUCCCCUCCUGUACUCCCUGUUCACCCAUGACUGCAUGGCCAGGCACAACUCCAACACCGUCAUUAAGUUUGCCGAUAACACAACAGUGGUAGGGCUGAUCACCGACAACGAUGAGACAGCCUAUAGGGAGGAGGUCAGAGACCUGGCCGUGUGGUGCCAGGAUAACAACCUCUUCCUCAACAUGAUCAAGACAAAGGAGGUGAUUGUGGACUACAGGAAAAAACAGAGGACUGAUUACGCCCCCAUUCUCAUCGACAGGGCUGUAGUGGAACAGGUUGAGAGCUUCAAGUUCCUUGGUGUCCACAUCACCAACAAACUAUCAUGGUCCAAACACACCAAGACAAUCGUGAAGAGGGCACGACAAAGCUUAUUCCCCCACAGGAGACUGAAAAGAUUUGGCAUGGAUCCUCAGAUCCUCAUAAAGUUCUACAGCUGCACCAUCGAGAGCAUCCUGACUGGUUGCAUCACCACCUGGUAUGGCAACUGCUCGGCCUCUGACCGCAAGGCACUACAGAGGGUAGUGCGUACGGCCCAGUACAUCACUGGGGCAAAGCUUCCUGCCAUCCAGGACCUCUAUACCAGGCGGUGUCAGAGGAAGGCCCUACAAAUUGUCAAAGACUCCAGCCACCCUAGUCAUAGACUGUUCUCUCUGCUACCGCACGGCAAGCGGUACCGGAGCGCCAAGUCUAGGUCUAACAGGCAUCUUAACACCUUCUACCCACAAGCCAUAAGACUCCUGAACAUCUAAUCAUGGCUUCCCGGACUAUUUGCAUUGUCCCCCCCCGCCCCACCCCACCCCACCCCACCCCCUCUUUUACGCUUCUGCUACUCUGUUUAUUAUCUAUGCAUAGUCACUUUAACUCUACCCACAUGUACAGUUGAAGUCGAAAGUUUACAUACACCUUAGCCAAAUACAUUUAAACUCAGUUUUUCACAAUUCCUGACAUUUAAUCCUAGUAAAAAUUCCCUGUCUUAGGUCAGUUAGGAUCACCACUUUAUUUUAAGAAUGUGAAAUGUCAGAAUAAUAGUAGAGAGAAUGAUUUAUUUCAGCUUUUAUUUCUUUCAUCACAUUCCCAGUGGGUCAGAAGUUUUUCGUACACUCAAUUAGUAUUUGGUAGCGUUGCCUUUAAAUUGUUUAACUUGGGUCAAACGUUUUGGGUAGCCUUCCACAAGCUUCCCACAAUAAGUUGGGUGAAUUUUGGCCCAUUCCUCCUGACAGAGCUGGUGUAACUGAGUCAGGUUUGUAGGCCUCUUUGCUCACACAUGCUUUUUCAGUUCUGCCCACACAUUUUCUAUAGGGUUGAGGUCAGGGCUUUGUGAUGGCCACUCCAAUACCUUGACUUUGUUGUCCUUAAGCCAUUUUGCCACAACUUUGGAAGUCCCCUGUAGCUCAGUUGGUAGAGCAUGGCGCUUACAACGCCAGGGUUGUGGGUUUGUUUCCCACGGGGGGCCAGUAUGAAAAUGUAUGCACUCACUAACUGUAAGUCGCUCUGGAUAAGAGCGUCUGCUAAAUGACUAAAAUGUAAAUGUAAAUGCUUGGGGUCAUUGUACAUUUGGAAGACCCAUUUGCGACCAAGCUUUAACUUCCUGACUGAUGUCUUGAGAUGUUGCUUCAAUAUAUCCACAUAAUUUUCCUUCCUCAUUAUGCCAUCUAUUUUGUGAAGUGCACCAGUCCCUCCUGCAGCAAAGCACCCACACAGCAUGAUGCUGCUACCCCCGUGCUUCACAGUUGGGAUGGUGUUCUUCGGCUUGCAAGCAUUCCCCCCUUUUCCUCCAAACAUAACGAUGGUCAUUAUGGCCAAACAGUUAUAUUUUUGUUUCAUCAGACAAGAGGACAUUUCUCCAUAAAGUAUGAUCUUUGUCCCCAUGUGCAGUUGCAAACCGUAGUCUGGCUUUUUUUAUGGUGGUUUUGGAGCAGUGGUCUCUUCCUUGCUGAGCGGCCUUUCAGGUUAUGUCGAGAUAGGAAUCGUUUUACCGUGGAUAUAGAUACUUUUGUACCUGUUUCCUCCAGCAUCUUCACAAGGUCCUUUGCUGCUGUUCUGGGAUUGAUUUGCACUUUUCUCACCAAAGUACGUUAAUCUCUAGGCGACAGAACGCAUCUCCUUCCUGAGCGGUAUGACGGCUGCGUGGUCCCAUAGUGUUUAUACUUGCAUACUAUUGUUUGUACAGAUGAACGUGGUACCUUCAGGCAUUUGGAAAUUGCUCCCAAGGAUGAACCAGACUUGUGGAGGUCUACAAUUGUUUUUCUGAGGUCUUGGCUGAUUUCUUUUGAUUUUCCCAUGAUGUCAAGCAAAGAGGCACUGUGUUUGAAGGUAGGCCUUGAAAUACAUCCACAGGUACACCUCCAAUUUACUCAAAUGAUGUCAAUUAGCCUAUCAGAAGCUUCUAAAGCCAUGACAUAAUUUUCUGGAAUUUUCCAAGCUGUUUAAAGGCACAGUCAACUUAAUGUAUGUAAACUUCUGACCCACUGGAAUUUUGAUACAGUGAAUUAUAAGUAAAAUAAUCUGUCUGUAAACAAUUGUUAGAAAAAUUACUUGUGUCAUGCACAAAGUAGAUGUCCUAACCGACUUGCCAAAACGAUAGUUUGUUAACAAGAAAUUUGUGGAGUGGUUGAAAAACAAGUUUUAAUGACUCCAACCUAAGUGUAUGUAAACUUCCGACUUCAACUGUACAUAUUGCCUCGACUAACCGGUGCCCCCGCACAUUGACUCUGUACCGGUACCACCUGUAUACAGCCUCCCUACUGUUAUUUUAUUUUACUGCUGCUCUUUAAUUAUUUAUUUUUUAUUUUUUACUUAACACUUUUUUUCUAAAAACUGCAUUGUUGGUCAAGGGCUUGUAAGUAAGCAUUUCACUGUAAGGUCUACACCUGUUGUAUUCGGCAUAUGUGGCAAAUCAAAUUUGAUUUGAUCUCCAAUGCCACCUAUGUCCUCCACCAGGUUUGCGUUCCAGUACAAUCCGUCCCUGCAGCCCAGAGCCCUGGUGGUGUUUGGCUGCAUCAGUAAGAGGGUGACCCACGGCCAGAUCAAACAGAUCAUCAGGAUCCUCAGCAAGGCCAGCCCCCUGCUCAGCAAAGACCGGGUGGGUCGACAUGCACACACACACGGCUGUUGGAGUGCUGAGUUUUAAUGAGCAAUCUCUUGACACACACACACGUUGAGGGGUGGUGUUGAGUGUGUUUUACCUUUCCUUAGCUCAGUCUGCCAAUGUUUGUCUGGCUCAGUCUGUACAGGCUAGGCUACCUGUGGGCUCUAUCUGCAUUAUGCAGAGAGCUGGCUCAGUCUGUACAGGCUAGGCUACCUGUGGGCUCUAUCUGCAUUAUGCAGAGAGCUGGCUCAGUCUGUACAGGCUAGGCUACCUGUGGGCUCUAUCUGCAUUAUGCAGAGAGCUGGCUCAGUCUGUACAGGCUAGGCUACCUGUGGGCUCUAUCUGCAUUAUGCAGAGAGCUGGCUCAGUCUGUACAGGCUAGGCUACCUGUGGGCUCUAUCUGCAUUAUGCAGAGAGCUGGCUCAGUCUGUACAGGCUAGGCUACCUGUGGGCUCUAUCUGCAUUAUGCAGAGAGCUGGCUCAGUCUGUACAGGCUAGGCUACCUGUGGGCUCUAUCUGCAUUAUGCAGAGAGCUGGCUCAGUCUGUACAGGCUAGGCUACCUGUGGGCUCUAUCUGCAUUAUGCAGAGAGCUGGCUCAGUCUGUACAGGCUAGGCUACCUGUGGGCUCUAUCUGCAUUAUGCAGAGAGCUGGCUCAGUCUGUACAGGCUAGGCUACCUGUGGGCUCUAUCUGCAUUAUGCAGAGAGCUGGCUCAGUCUGUACAGGCUAGGCUACCUGUGGGCUCUAUCUGCAUUAUGCAGAGAGCUGGCUCAGUCUGUACAGGCUAGGCUACCUGUGGGCUCUAUCUGCAUUAUGCAGAGAGCUGAGUGUUUGAGUGCACCAACCCACUAAUCCAUUGGAGUCUAAUCCACUUGCUAACAUAAUGAAUACUAUGAUACACUCUCUCCCUUUUCAUCUCUCUCUCGCUCCCUCUCGCUUUCUUUCCUUUCUCUCUCUUCUUUCUUUCUUUCUUUCUUUCUUUCUUUCUUUCUUUCUUUCACUCACUCACUCACUCACUCACUCACUCACUCACUCACUCACUCACUCACUCACUCACUCACUCACUCACUCACUCACUCACUCACUCACUCACUCACUCACUCACUCACUCACUCACUCACUCCAGUGUUCAUUCUCUACUAAUGCCUCCUCUCCUUCUUCUCUGCCUCCACAGGGGCUGGAGAGCUGCUUAAAGGGACCUGAUAACUACAACAGCCAGGUGCUGAUUGAGGCCACAGUCAUCGCUCUGACUAAGCUGGAGCCCCUCCUCAACAAGGUACACAAACUGCAAACACAGAACACAUGCAAUGCAUCGUCUGAUCGUCUGCGCUCCACUGCUUGUCAAAUCAGAGUUUAUUGGUCGUGUACACAGGUUUGCAGAUAUUAUCGCCCUGUAUAGCUCAGUUGGUAGAGCAUGGCGUUUGCAACGCCAGGGUUGUGGGUUCGAUUCCCACGGGGGGCCAGUAUGAAAAUGUAUGCACACACUUAACUGUAAGUCGCUCUGGAUAAGAGCGUCUGCUAAAUGACUAAAAUGUAAAUGUAAAUGCUUGUGUUCUACUAUUCGAAUAAAGAACCCAGCUGUAAGUUGUUGGUUCGUGUUUUUUAAUAACAAUUUGGAAUCGGAGCAGAGCUAGAUUUGUUCUUUGUUGUCUUAAUGUCCUAGAUAUAAUGUGUGUAACCUCAUGGUUAUACCCUGUGCUCAUCCAGGACUCCCCCAUGCACACGGCAGUGUUCUGGGUGGCUGUAGCUGUGCUGCAGCUGGAUGAAGUCAACCUGUACUCUGCUGGGACGGCCCUGCUAGAGCAGAACCUACACACUCUGGACAGCCUGCGAGUCUUCAACGACAAGGUAACAGACAGACAGACAGACAGACAGACAGACAGACAGACAGACAGACAGACAGACAGACAGACAGACAGACAGACAGACAGACAGACAGACAGACAGACACACAGGCAGGCAGGCAGGCAGACAGACAGAGACAGACAGACACACACAGACAGACAGACUGACACACGGACACACGGACAGACACUCACUUUCAGUUCAAUUACAAAAAUGUAACAUAUUCAUCACAUAUUGACACUAUUUAUAUGUUGAAUAUGUGUAAAGAUGUAUCUGCUAAAUGACCAUAUUUAUUUGUUUCUACAUUUCCCCUACAUCUCCUCCCUCUCCCCCCCAUCCUCCAAUCAAGAGUCCAGAGGAGGUGUUUAUGGAGAUCAGGCGUCCUCUGGAGUGGCAUUGUAAACAGAUGGACCACUUUGUGGGCCUCAACUUCAGCUCCAACUUCAACUUCGCACUGGUGGGACACCUGCUCAAAGGUAAGGGAGAGAGCACAGAGCACUUGACUGCAUCUCGGCCCUAGCAACUCCCCUUCCUGUGACAGUACUUGAAAUGAUGUAAUUUGUUUGGGUCUGAUCUAGCUAGAUAAAGAAUAGAUAGAUGAAAGACAUUGGCCUGACUUGCCCAGCCACUGAUGAAAACAUGUCUUCCCCACUCAGUCAGAGACUCAAACAGGCUCUAUUGACAAUGUGUCCUUGUCCUGCAGUGACAACGAGCUUGGCAGCAGUUGUUGGUGUUUUCACUUGUCUCUGUAGUCUGUACUUGUCACUAGCUGCAUUUAAUGUUGUGUACUCUGUAGGCCUUGAUGUGUUUUAAUACUAACUGUGUUGAAUUAAUGUCGCCAUGCUGAAAUGUACCAAGCUAUCAGUGGAGUGGUGUAUGGCUAUGACUAACGUGUGACUCUGUUUCCCUUCUUGUGUGUGUGUGUAUGUGAAGGCUACAGACACCCGUCCCCCACCACGGUGGCUCGGACGGUGCGUAUCCUCCACACGCUGCUGGCCCUGGUGGGAAAACACCUCAACUGUGAUAAGUUUGAGGUCAACACCCAAAGCGUGGCCUACCUGGCAGGUCAGUUCCAGUCACAGUCCUACACAAUGACUCCACUCACCCACAUUUGUGUUGACUAACCAGACCUCCAUUUGUGUCAACUCACUGGAUCUGCAAUGUGCUAUUUGGAUAGCAAGCAGUGUGUUGCUUUAGAAACAUGAUUUGUAAAACAGAUAAGAUGGUCUGUCAUGUAGUGCCCCCCAUUGUUGGAAUAACCUGCAAAAUUCCUUGCAUCUUGAUUCCCUGGUGCCACUAGGUCAGUUUAGGACUGUGGUGUUAAAUUAAUUAAUUAAGGAUUGCAGUUGUUUACAUUGAUAUAAUAUAUUUGUUGAAAUUGUAGUAUUGUAAUUGGACCUUGUAAUUAUUUUUUUACAUCUUCUUUUUUUAUUUGAAAUUUUAAUUUACCCUGAAUAAAUAUAAGUAAUUUUUUUUAAAUCAUGUAAAAUAAGGAAUUGUCGCCUCUAUUCAUGAAUGUUUCUGCAAUGAUUGGAACGUGUCCCAUCACUGGUUUUCACCCUGCUCUGGUGUGUGUCUGUGUGCAGCCCUGCUCACCGUGUCAGAGGAGGUGCGUAGUCGCUGCAGUCUAAAACACAGGAAGUCUCUGUUGCUGUCUGAGAUGGCCAUGGAGAACGUUCCCAUGGAUACCUACUCUCUGCACCACACUGACCCCAGCUGCAGGUGAGGCGCACUCUACAUAAGAUACUUUGAACCUGAAUAGGUUUUAUCUUUAGCUAAGGACAAAGCACAUUUUCCUUUAUCCAAAGUCAUUUUCUGUAAUACCUGUUGUUGGUAAAUAUCUUUAGCAUCAAGCUUGAAGAGUUAUUUCCUUACCUGUAGCCACCAUCUCCUCCCCUCAGGACACUGAGAGAGUGCCAGCUGUGGGUGUCCCCCAAGGUGUCAGAGCGCUAUCUGAAUGCCUACUACCCCACGGUGGGGCAGAUCAGCCCCCGUACACGCAAGUCCAUGAGCCUGGACAUGGGCCAGGCCUCCCAUGCCAACACCAAGAAGCUGCUGGGUAACUAUAACAUUGCUGCUAAACUACACUGCUAAUUUUGUCUAAGAGUUCCCCUUAGCAUUGUUUUUAUACCGCUGCGCCAGAGGUGUAACAUGCAAGCCAUUUAUUGGGUGGAUACUGCUCAUGCUGACUAUGAUCUGGCAGCAUUGACUACAGUGUCAAUUACGUUUCAAGAAAUACACAGCGGAUGUAAGAGUGCUGUAAGAUGGAAAUCCCAUGUCACCACUCACCACCUUAUCCCAUAGACCCUCUUCAAUCAUUAGCUCUACACUGUCCAUCUGUGGUGUAUUUCUCCAGGCACCAGGAAUAGUUUUGAUCACCUGAUAUCUGACUCUAAAGCACCAAAGAGACCAGAGACUGAGUCUGGCGUCACCACCCCGCCUAAGGUGAGGUGUGUGGCCGAGAACGAAUACGAGAUAGACAGCCAAAGAAUGGGCCACUCCCACCUCCGCAAGGUGUCUGUGACAGAGUCCAACGUUCUACUGGACGAGGAGGUGCUGACCGACCCCAAAGUCCAGGCCCUGCUGCUCACUGUGCUGGUGAGAGGAAGACCACACACACAAAUUCACACCUGGCAAAAAAGAAAAAAUUAUAUUGCGGGUAAUAAAAUAAGCAAAACAUAUGUAACACAAUCACUAGACAUACAUGUAACACUAGUUACUGCUAGGGUCCAAGUAGUCAUCAUGAAUGCACAUCGAGAGGCAGCAACAUAGCAUACAGCUUUCUACUGUAUAUAACUGGUUCAGUCUGUAAACGUAUGCUCUCUGUUUCUGUGUCCAAGGCCACCCAGGUCAAGUACACCACAGACGACUUUGACCAGAGGAUCCUAUACGAGUAUCUAGCUGAAGCUAGCGUCGUCUUCCCAAAGGUCUUUCCGGUCGUGUAAGUAAACAUGCCUGAAAAUCCCUCAGGCAAAACCAAAUACCUAGCCUAAGCCCUACUUUUUCCAUAAGCAAACCUGGGGAAAGACCAAUGUCUUUUGGGGUGGGGGGAAGUCUAAUCAUUUUUUUGGAGGAGGGAAGUCCAAUGAUCUACUGAGAAGGGGCCUGUCCUGCCCCAAAUGCAUUGUGGGAGUUGAAGUGUGGUUUACCUAGCUAGACAUGUGGUUUGGGUUCAGUCUCUUUCAGGGGUGAAUAGUGGAGUCCUGUGAGUCAGAAUGUGUUUAGCCCACACAUGCAUACAUUCUAUGUUUGUAGUUUCAGUUGAAGUAGCUCUUUCUAUACAAGCAAAAAUGUCACAGGUUCAAAAUAUAGUUUAUUUUGAGAACUGUCUUGUAUGAGGCCUAGUUAUUCACCAGUGUGUUCGAGUCCUGUCAUGAUAUGUGUUGACAAGGCCACUGGGAAAGGGUGAUGCAGAGUGUGGUGUCUGUAAUGAUUGUAUGGCCUACCUACCUAGCCGAUGUUGAUCUUUAUGUGUUUCCUCCUCUCCUCAGCCACAACCUGCUGGACUCUAAGAUCAACACGCUGCUGUUCAUGUGUCAGGAUACCAACCUGCUGAACCCAGUGCAUGGCAUCAUUCAGAGUGUGGUCUACCACGAAGAGUCUCCUCCACAAUACCAACCCUCCUGUCUACAGAGUACAUACAUUCAUCUACAGGCCUGCUCUACCCAUCUUUCUCCUCUCUCUCUCUCAGUCCCUAUCUCCCCCUCGACCUCAUCUCCCAUCCUUCAUCUCUCUCUGCCCCUCCCUUUCUCUCUGUCCUCUCUCUCUCGCUCUCUCUCACUCUCUCACUCUCUGUCUAUCUCUGUCCCUAUCUCCUCCUCUCUCUCUCGCCUCUCAUCCUUCAUCUCUCCUGCCUCUCUCCCUUUCUGUCUCUCACUCUCUCUGUCCCCAUCUUCUCUACCUCUCUCAACUCUCAUUCUUCAGCUUCCUCUGCCCCUCCCUUUCUCUCUCUCCUCUGUCUCUUUCUGUCUGUCCCAGUCCCUAUCUCCUCCUCUACCUCUCAUCUCCCAUCCUUCAUCACUCUCUGCCCCCCUCCCUUUCUCUCCAGCCCUCUCCCCUGACUGUUAUGGAGUGUUUUCUUCUUUAGCAGUAUAACUUUGCCAAUGAUACCUUCCUCCCACCAUUACUUUCUCUCUCUCUCUCUCUCUCUCUCUCUCUCUCUCUCUCUCUCUCACACACACACACACAGGCUUCGGCUUCAACGGACUUUGGAGGUUUGCCGGACCCUUCUCAAAGGUAUGAUUCAUUGCCCUCAUAUUUCCCUUUCGUUCUCCCUAAGGCAGUGCGGCCGUGCUGGAAGAAUUCAGCCUCAGUAAGCAAUUACAGCCUUGCCAGGGAGCCGGCCGAUUGCCCCAAGAUUUAUUGGACAUCCUCCUCUCUCUCUCUCUCGCUCUCCCCCCACUUCCCCAGUCUCCGCUCUGGCCACCUCAGUUUCCCUUUAUGAUGUUUCUGAGUAAAUACCCCAAGCAGGGACAAGGAGAUGCUUCUAGCUCUGAUGGUUCUGUAGUGUUAGCAACACCAGAGUUGCAGGUCUGGUUUCAGAAUGGGGCCACAUACAGUGGGGAGAACAAGUAUUUGAUACACUGCCGAUUUUGCAGGUUUUCCUACUUACAAAGUAUGUAGAGGUCUGUAAUUUUUAUCAUAGGUACACUUCAACUGUGAGAGACGGAAUCUAAAACAAAAAUCCAGAAAAUCACAUUGUAUGAUUUUUAAGUAAUUAAUUUGCAUUUUAUUGCAUGACAUAAGUAUUUGAUACAUCAGAAAAGCAGAACUUAAUAUUUGGUACAGAAAUCUUUGUUUGCAAUUACAGAGAUCAUACGUUUCCUGUAGGUGACCAGGUUUGCACACACUGCAGCAGGGAUUUUGGCCCACUCCUCCAUACAGACCUUCUCCAGAUCCUUCAGGUUUUGGGGCUGUCGCUGGGCAAUACUGACUUUCAGCUCCCUCCAAAGAUGUUCUAUUGGGUUCAGGUCUGGAGACUGGCUAGGCCACUCCAGGACCUUGAGAUGCUUCUCACGGAGCCACUCCUUAGUUGCCCUGGCUGUGUGUUUCGGGUCGUUGUCAUGCUGGAAGACCCAGCCACGACCCAUCUUCAAUGCUCUUACUGAGGGAAGGAGGUUGUUGGCCAAGAUCUCGCGAUACAUGGCCCCAUCCAUCCUCCCCUUAAUACGGUGCAGUCAUCCUGUCCCCUUUGCAGAAAAGCAUCCCCAAAGAAUGAUGUUUCCACCUCCAUGCUUCACGGUUGGGAUGGUGUUCUUGGGGUUGUACUCAUCCUUCUUCUUCCUCCAAACACGGCGAGUGGAGUUUAGACCAAAAAGCUCUAUUUUUGUCUCAUCAGACCACAUGACCUUCUCCCAUUCCUCCUCUGGAUCAUCCAGAUGGUCAUUGGCAAACUUCAGACGGGCCUGGACAUGCGCUGGCUUGAGCAGGGGGACCUUGCGUGCGCUGCAGGAUUUUAAUCCAUGACGGCGUAGUGUGUUACUAAUGGUUUUCUUUGAGACUGUGGUCCCAGCUCUCUUCAGGUCAUUGACCAGGUCCUGCCGUGUAGUUAUGGGCUGAUCCCUCACCUUCCUCAUGAUCAUUGAUGCCCCACGAGGUGAGAUCUUGCAUGGAGCCCCAGACCGAGGGUGAUUGACCGUCAUCUUGAACUUCUUCCAUUUUCUAAUAAUUGCGCCAACAGUUGUUGCCUUCUCACCAAGCUGCUUGCCUAUUGUCCUGUAGCCUAUCCCAGCCUUGUGCAGGUCUACAAUUUUAUCCCUGAUGUCCUUACACAGCUCUCUGGUCUUGGCUAUUGUGGAGAGGUUGGAGUCUGUUUGAUUGAGUGUGUGGACAGGUGUAUUUUAUAGGUAACGAGUUCAAACAGGUGCAGUUAAUACAGGUAAUGAGUGGAGAACAGGAGGGCUUCAGCACGUCGGGAGCGGUUGUCGGGAGAGGUUGUGUUUUCUCUAGCAGGAGGUAAGCUUGGCUUCUUAUAUGGUGUUGAGUAAAGCUUAAACCAUGUAUUUAGAUUGUAGGUAGGUAUUGUAGUUAGGUAUUAUAGGUAGUUUACUCAGGUAGUUAUUGUAGGUUAUUGUAGGUAAUUAUUGUAGGUAAGUAUUGUAUUCGGCGGACCCCGGCGAAGCACGAGGCUAGCCUACCCACUACUUGGACCAACAAAGCUAGCUAGCUAGCUAGCGGGUAGCUACUGGUAACUUUUAGCAACUGUGGUUAGUUGUUUCCAAUGUUAUUUCACGCUUAAGAGUACCUGUGAUUGAGCCAGCUAGCUGCCACCAUUCAGCUGUUUUUCUAACCUCAUUAUCCGAGGCAUUAGCGUUAGGUGGUUGGUAGCUGCUGUACUUAAUUACAGCUACUGAUUGCAGUCUGCCAGUUUGGCUUUAUACAUAGCUUGGGCUUUGUCGAGUAAGGCUUAAACUAUGUAUUUAGAUUGUAGUUAGGUAUUAUAGGUAGGCAUCGUGGGCUGUAUAUUAUUAAGUAGUAUAGGUAGGCAUCGUGGGCUGUUGUGGGUAGUUGUUGUGUAGUUAUUGUAGGUUACUUUUGUAGUCGGCGGUGCCGGGUGUAGCACGAAGCUAGCUAGCUAACUCACCUCCUGGAUUAGCUGGCGAGUAGCUAUUAGCAACGGUAGCAACUAAAAACAAUAUCCUUUUAGCCAGCUACAUUCGUUCGCAGCGACGCCGUUUUUUUCAAACAAAGUCAACACAGCAGCCAUUGCUAGCUAGCCAACACUACCAGCUGGCUGUACUGUAGUAGCUAAAUACAAUAUAUUUGUGCUAGCUAGCCAACGUUUAAUCAUUGCUGCGUUAUGAAAGAACUAGACACGGACACGAAUUAUCUGUUUAGUGUGUUCACACACUAUUGGUAGUUUGUUGUAACCAAGUAUUGGUGCUAAACUGUGUGUUAUUGGAUGCUAGCAUGCUAGUUAGCUAUGGCGUCAUAGUUAGCUAGCUGAAUAAAGUAAGUUGAGUCUAUUCAUUGAAACAUUGAACCGCUGUAGUUUACAACAAUUCUAAUUUCUAAAGUGGAAGUUGGGAGUGUUUUAUUCGGGUGGUUCAGUGAAACAAUUAUAGUUUCUGAGGUGGAAGUUGGGAGAGUUAUAUUUUUUUGGUGAGGGAGGCCUGCUCUCUCCUUUCCCAGAUGUUUAGUUCAUUUCAUUCCGAUCUCCUCUGCAUUAUUGUAGCCAUCUGCUGCAGCCUGUCAACUAUGCCUCUGCCUAUCCCUGUUCUCUCCUCUCCGCACAGGCUACACAAACGCCUCACACCGCGUGGCUGCUGCCUCUCUAACCUGGUGGUCCCUGCACGCACCACACACCUGGAGUUCCAGGUCUCAGGCAGCCUCUGGAACUGCCGUUCUGCCGCCAACAAGGCUGACUUCAUCCCAGCCUAUGCUACCCUCCAGUCCCUCGACUUCCUGGCGCUGACGGAAACAUGGAUUACCACUGAAAACACUGCUACUCCUACUGCUCUCUCCUCGUCUGACCAUGUGUUCUCGCAUACCCCGAGAGCAUCUGGUCAGAGGGGUGGUGGCACAGGAAUCCUCAUCUCUCCCAAGUGGUCAUUCUCAAUUUUCCCCUAACCCAUCUGUCUAUCUCCUCAUUUGAAUUCCACGCUGUCACAGUCACUAGCCCAUUUAAGCUUAAUAUCCUUGUCAUCUAUCGCCCUCCAGGUUCCCUUGGAGAGUUCAUCAAUGAGCUUGACGCCUUGAUAUGUUCCUUUCCUGAGGAUGGCUCACCCUUCACAGUUUUGGGGGAUUUCAACCUCCCUACGUCUACAUUUGACUCAUUUCUCUCUGCCUCCUUCUUUCCACUCCUCUCCUCUUUUGACCUCACCCUCUCACCGUCCCCCCCUACUCACAAGGCAGGCAAUACGCUUGACUUCAUCUUUACUAGAUGUUGCUCUUCUACUAAUCUCACUGCAACUCUCCGACCACUACUUUGUAUCCUUUUCUCUCUCGCUCUCCUCCAACACUACUCACUCUGCCCCUACACAGAUGGUAACGCGCCGCCGCAACCUUCGCUCUCUCUCUCCCACUACUCUCUCCUCUUCCAUCCUAUCAUCUCUUCCCUCUGCUCAAUCCUUCUCCCUCCAAUCUCCUGACUCUGCCUCCUCAACCCUCCUCUCCUCCCUUUCUGCAUCCUUUGACUCCCUGUGUCCCCUAUCCUCCCGGCCGGCUCGGUCCUCCCCUCCAGCUCCGUGGCUUGAUGACUCAUUGCGAGCUCACAGAACAGAGCUCCGGGCAGCGGAGCGGAAAUGGAAGAAAACUAAACUCCCUGCCGACCUGGCAUCUUUUCACUCCCUCCUCUCUACAUUUUCUUCAUCUGUUUCUGCUGCUAAGGCCACUUUCUACCACUCUAAAUUCCAAGCAUCUGCCUCUAACCCUAGGAAGCUCUUUGCCACAUUCUCCUCACUGCUGAAUCCCCUCCCCCCCCCCCCCCCCCCUCCCUCUCUGUGGAUGACUUUGUCAACCACUUUGAAAAGAAGGUUGACGACAUCCGAUCCUCGUUUGUUAAGUCUAAUGACACUGCUGGUCCUGCUCACACUGCCCUACCUAUGCUUUGACUUCUUUCUCCCCUCUCUCUCCAGAUAAAAUCUUGCGACUAGUGACUGCAGGCCGCCCAACAACCUGCCCGCUUGACCCCAUCCCCUCCUCUCUUCUCCAGACCAUCUCCGGUGACCUUCUCCCCUACCUCACCUCGCUGAUCAACUCAUCCUUGACUGCUGGCCAUGUCCCUUCCGUCUUCAAGAGAGCGAGAGUUGCACCCCUUCUCAAAAAACCAACACUCGAUCCCACUGAUGUCAACAACUACAGACCAGUAUCCCUUCUUUCUUUUCUUUCCAAAACUAUUGAGCGUGCCGUCUUUAGCCAACUCUCUUGCUAUCUCUCUCAGAAUGACCUUCUUGAUCCAAACCAGUCAGGUUUCAGGACUGGUCAUUCAACUGAGACUGCUCUUCUCUGUGUCACGGAGGCUCUCCGCACUGCUAAAGCUAACUCUCUCUCCUCUGCUCUUGUCCUUCUAGACCUGUCUGCUGCCUUUGAUACUGUGAACCAUCAGCUCCUCCUCUCCACCCUCUCCGAGCUGGGCAUCUCCGGCGCGGCUCACUCCUGGAUUGCGUCCUACCUGACCGGUCGCUCCUACCAAGUGGCGUGGCGAGAAGCUGUCUCCGCACCACGUGCUCUCACCACUGGUGUCCCCCAGGGCUCAGUUCUAGGCCCUCUCCUUUUCUCCCUAUACACCAAGUCACUUGGCUCUGUCAUAUCCUCACAUGGCCUCUCCUAUCAUUGCUACGCUGACGAUACACAACUAAUCUUCUCCUUUCCCCCUUCUAAUAACCAGGUGGCGAAUCGCAUCUCUGCAUGUCUGGCCGACAUAUCAGUAUGGAUGACGGAUCACCACCUCAAGCUGAACCCUGGCAAGACGGAGCUGCUCUUCCUCCCGGGGAAGGACUGCCCGUUCCAUGAUCUCGCCAUCACGGUUGACAACUCCGUUGUGUCCUCCUCCCAGAGUGCGAAGAGCCUUGGCGUGACCCUGGACAACACCCUGUCGUUCUCCGCUAACAUCAAGGCGGUGACCCGAUCCUGCAGGUUCAUGCUCUACAACAUUCGGAGAGUACGACCCUGCCUUACACAGGAAGCGGCACAGGUCCUAAUCCAGGCACUUGUCAUCUCCCGUCUGGAUUACUGCAACUCGCUGUUGGCUGGGCUCCCUGCCUGUGCCAUUAAACCCCUACAACUCAUCCAGAAUGCCGCAGCCCGUCUGGUGUUCAACCUUCCCAAGUUCUCUCACGUCACCCCCCUCCUCCGCACACCACUGGCUUCCAGUUGAAGCUCGCAUCCGUUACAAGACCAUGGUGCUUGCCUAUGGAGCAGUGAGGGGAACGGCACCUCCGUACCUUCAGGCUCUGAUCAGUCCCUACACCCAAACGAGGGCAUUGCGUUCAUCCACCUCUGGCCUGCUGGCUCCCCUUCCUCUGCGGAAGCAUAGUUCCCGCUCAGCCCAGUCAAAACUGUUCGCUGCUCUGGCACCCCAAUGGUGGAACAAGCUCCCUCACGACGCCAGGACAGCGGAGUCUCUCACCACCUUCCGGAGACAUUUGAAACCCCACCUCUUUAAGGAAUACCUGGGAUAGGAUGAAGUAAUCCUUCUACCCCCCCCCCCCCCCCCCCCAAAAAAUAAAAAUAAAAAAAAUAUUGUAAAGUGGUUAACCCACUGGCUAUAGGGUGAAUGCACCAAUUUGUAAGUCGCUCUGGAUAAGAGCGUCUGCUAAAUGACUUAAAUGUAAAUGUUAAAGAAAAACUAACAGGUCUGUGAGAGCCGGAAUUCUUACUGGUUGGUAGGUGAUCAAAUACUUAUGUCAUGCAAUAAAAUGCAAAUGAAUUACUUAAAAAUCAUACUGUGUGAUUUUCUGGAUUUUUGUUUUAGAUUCCGUCUCUCACAGUUGAAGUGUACCUAUGAUAAAAAAUUACAGACCUCUACAUGCUUUGUAAGUAGGAAAACCUGCAAAAUCGGCAGUGUAUCAAAUACUUGUUCUCCCCACUGUAAGUGCUGAUACGAUGUAUUGCGAUUCUCACUAUUUUAUAUGUAUUGCGAUUCGAUACUGUGAUUUUAUUGUGAUUCGAUGUUCCAAACAUAUUGCUCACCAUAUGUCUGCUGCAGAAAUAUCCCUAUAUGUAACUGUAUUGAUUUCCCCCUCCCCCCCAUCACUACAGAAUACUGUAUGUGGCCCUUUGAAGCUUGUAGGGGCUCUUAGACUCUCUCUGUUUUCACUGUGUACCCAUUAUCCCCUGCUCCACUUUUCUCCAACAAACAAAAGGUGCCAUUUGCCAUCUGCUUGUUUACCCAUAGUCAAUCAGGAAACAAUGUAUUCAAGCCUGGCCAAAGGCUGAGGAUCAAUGUCUCCUGUGAUUUAGCUCAGGGAGACUUUAGACUGUGAUAUCUGUUGGCCCGUGUUCCCCCCGUGUUCCCCUCACACUCUCUCUUUUUUUUCUCUCUUUCUCCUCUCUAUUCCACCCCCUACCUGACUUUCUCUAUCUCCUCUCUCUCUACCUCUAUUCCCCACUCCUCCUCCUCUCUCCAUCCCAUGUCAAACCAUCAGAAAACUCAGAUCCCAGACUAUGCUGAGCUGAUUGUGAAGUUCCUGGAGGCCUUGAUUGACCGCUACCUGCCUGGUACAGAGGAGGAGAGGAGAGAGGAGCAGCUCCAUACCCCCACCUCGCCCUACCCCCCUGUCACCCAGAGCCAGCUCAGCAUCACCGCUAACCUCAACCUCUCCAACUCCAUGAACUCCCUGGCCACCUCGCAGCACUCCCCAGGUUAGCAGAGUAUACACAUGUGGACACAAUACAAUACAGUCCUUAUUGAUCCACCCUGGGAGCAGCACAGGGUCAACUGCAGACCAGCGCCCCUGGAACACACACACACCACUUAUACAUACAGGCAGACACACAAAUACACCACUAACAUCAUACUUUUGAAGGCUGAGUCCUACCAAUGAUAGGUGUUCUGUAGAGUAUCUAGAGGCAAGCAAAGUGUGUGUGGGUGCUAUUGCUGUGGGUUAUUUCUAGGUCUCCCGCUAGCUUUCUCUGCAUCCGAAACUGUCACUGAUUAUGAUAUCUCUUCUCACAAUAUGAGGACGCUGCUGCUGUGCACUAAAGAUAUCACGUUUCAAGAUGUCAGAAAAGCACUGCGAGAUUUUAACUAUUGCCAAAAACAACAAAAUGACUUGCACAAAUGCUGAAAUGUAGUGUGUUUGAAAUAUGCAGGGGGAGGAAAGGCAGGGGUACCUAGUUAGCACCAUCAAACAUCUCAGACAUUUUGUUUCUAUGUUGCAUAUGUCUACUGUCCGUCGUGCUUUCUUUCUUGCUCUCAGCAAUGAACUCUAAUCCCCUCGCUCUCUUUCUGGGUCUGGUCUGUGUGUAACAUCCCCAUCAUGCUCUACUCGCUGUGGUGUGGUGGUGUAGUCUAUAGACGGUCCCCAACUCUAUUCCAUCCCGAGCCGUCGGACGAGACGACGCCACCGAAAACAUCUGGUACAAAUCACAACCAUAGAGCCUCCCUGGGCCACUAACGCUAGCCCCAGCCGAGCCUAUAGUUUGCAAACUGUGGUAACUCUCAUCACGCGUCCAUUUCUGUCUGCUGUUCUCACUAUGCUAGCUGCUAGCUUUUAGAAUCACCUAGCUAAUACCAGUGUUUUUGUUAUUACUUCUAGAAUAAAUAGAUUGUAUUAUUAGUGCUAUGUAUCAGUACUAUAUUGCUGAAGUAGAUGUAAUAUAUUGUUAGCCUUUCCACAAAAAAAGUAUAUUCUUAGUAGUUAUUCAUGCCAUUAAAACACCACCCCUAGAAAAUAAAAUAAAUAAAUACAAUAAAAAUAGAAACAUCACCAGGUAUUGUCUUUGCAUCACAGUUUCUGGUUACUUUUCAACUGUCUGUAUCUCAAAACCAUUUCAUCUGAAAACCACCUCAUUGAAAUCUCUUAAUUCCAUAAUGUCAAUGGUAAAGAUCCAUCUUGCUGUCUGUUGUUCAUUUUUUCAUUCAGUGAAUUUGACUCUCAUUCUCUCCCUGUUUCUGUUCUGUUACCCUUGUUUUAAUGUGUUUCUCAUCUUUGUCCACACAGUUGCUGUGGUCAUUCAUUCUUGUUUCUCUCCCUCUGUCUCCAUCUUUCGCUCUCUCUAUGAAGCCUCUCUGCCUUGCUCCAAGUCAGCCGUUUUUGCGCCACACCUCCUCCUCCCAGGUACUCUUCCUCUUUGACCUUGUGACCCCAGAGGUCAAGCAAGGUCAAGCAAACUCAUCCCCUUCAGUAAAAAACACCAAAAGAACUCAUCCAAUGUGAAAAGGUAAAAGUGAGAAACCCACAAACUGUACCCAGUGCCAGAAUAGCAUCUUAAAAUCGGCCACCCACUGCCAAGCAAAGCGUAAUCAGUUGGUAAUCUUGUUGUUUGUGCUGGUGUGGUUGUAAGAAAGUAAUAAGGGGCUGGGGUAGAAUCCCCAUUCAACAAUAAAAGCCUUGUUAGAGGGGAACUUGUGCUCUCUGUCUGACAAUGUAGUGGAAGCUGGAGAUGUUGAGUUCAUUCAGGGUGAGAAUAUGCCUUUAGUUUUAUACCAAAGCUAUGGCACAGCGCCAUCGGCUGUUCAACAGUGGUAUUGAAUCUGAGUGACUGAGAAUGGCUCUCUCCCCUCUCUUCUAUUCUUCCCUCUCUAUUCUCGUCUUCCCUCUGUCCAGGCGUGGAUAAAGAGAAUGUGCAGCUCUCCCCCAGCGCGGCUCUCUCCACCAGUGGACGGACCCGCCAUGGCUCUGCCAGUCAGGUGCAGAAACAACGCAGCGCAGGCAGCUUCAAGAGGCCUAGCAUCAAGAAGAUAGUAUGA